UUCAAAAUUAAAAUUGAUGUAGAUGAUUAUUGAAAAGAAGUAUUGUCAUUAUCCAUUGGCAUAGACUAUAAAUGGAAUAAUCGAAGGGUUACUCAAUUCACUGUCGUUUGAACUUGGUAAACACAAACGUUACAAGUUGAACAUGUGUCCGGCUUAUGAAGCUGAUGAAAGAUUUAUAUGUGAAAAGACCAGGUUUUUGUUAUAGACGCGCUUCCUUAGCUCGUUACAGUUUCGCCAACAUGCUUUGUAUCAAUAUAUAACUAAAGCAUCUUAUGGAAAUACAUUCUCUUGUGAAAAAGACGUAUUCUUGUUGUUUUCCAGCAAGUUUUAGCAUGUUUAUUCAACUUCUAAUUAUCGGUAUAUCUACUUGUGUGAAUGCAUAUCCCUGGAUAAAUUUGAAAGAAAAUGGUGUAGAUAAGCUGUCAACAGGAUUACAAUACCAGGAUAAUAAUGACCUUUCAAACGAAUUGAAUUCCUUGAUUGAAAAACUGUAUUCUAAUAGACUCAGUACGUUAGAGGAAGAAAAUAAAUUAUGGAGUGAAAACAAUGAUACACCAAACAUAUACGAUAGUGACAAAACAUCGCAUGCUCUCGCAGAACUCUUGACGUACAAUCCAUUACCAGAGUGUCAAGAGAAAUAUUUGAUCAAUAUGAAACAAUUUAUAUCAUGCAUCAAAGAAAUUCAAGGAAAUAUACAUAGUGGUGUACUUUCAAAGCGCAGAGAUGGGUUGAUGAAGUUAAAUCCUACUGGCUGGAAGCGGAAACGACGGGACACUGCUACAAGUUUGGCGCUUGAUCAAAGAAGUCAAAACGAGUAUCGACUUAACCAGCUGAUUAAUCACCUGUUGAUGCAGAAGCGAGAAAAGAUGCGGUUUAAUCCAACUGGUUGGUGAUGAAAGACUAUUAGAUACCUUAACGUUUAAUAAGGCUUUGAAAAUAAAUUACAAAUGUUUCCAAAAGGAUAGUUUUGUACU